AUGAAGUUCGGCAUCGGCUUAGCAUUCAUGGAAAAGACUGAGAUGGAAACAUUUGUACAACAAAGUCCCGAAGAGAUCGCCGUUCGGGAGCUGAAGGGUCGUAUGAGAGACUGUCGAUUGAUUUGCAAGCCAGGUACGGCUUCCAACGAUCAAGACAUUCUGGAUAGCCUACGACUGCGUAAUGGUAUUGAUCCCUCUGAUGUUAGGGUUCUGAAAAUCGCUCGCGGCGGAUCUAUAUACCUGAGGGGACCCGAAAAAACUAUUACGGGUAUCCUUUCGAAAGGCCUCAUCUUCGUGGGCCUCGGCUCCGCGAAAGUGGUUGAACAUCAGUUCAAAAGGCUGUGUAACCAGUGUGGAAAGCAUCACCCGGCAUCCUCGCCGUGUCAAGGAGAAAUCUGCUGUAUCAAAUGCGGGGGCAAGGGUCACACCGUUCAGCGAUGUGACCGCCCUAGAGACUGGGAAGGGAGGAGCUGCACGGUGUGUGGCCUGUCGGGGCACAGUGCCCAGGAGAUCAUGAAGUGCAGGUCUCUGGCCUCCCAGUCUGCCAGAAAUAUAGUGUCGAAUCCGGCUUCAGCAGCCGAGAGCAUCCCGAUUGCUAUGGAGACCGACCCGCGGGACACGAUGCCCAUCCUUGAAGCCGCUACCCCAGAUGUGGGUGGCGGCCUCCAGUAA